AUGGCUUCUCCCCGCCCUCACAACUUCGGUCCCCAAGGCUACCCUCUCGCGAACGGUGCGCCCCAGGCGGGUCCGCCACCUGGAGCGACGCCGCUUCUCCCUAACAAUGGACGAGUGAUUCAGAACGGUCCCACCCGGAUCCUGUGUAUUGCAGAUGUUCGAGGAAAUCUCAAGUCGCUGAAUGAGCUGGCCAAACAAGCCCGCGCUGACCAUAUCAUCCACACUGGUGACUUUGGUUUCUACGACGAUACUUCAUUGGAGCGCAUUGCGGAUAAAACCCUCAAACACGUUGCCCAAUACUCUCCUCUGUUGCCAGAAGGCGUAAAGCGAACGAUCGCACAGGUCCCCCCUCAGCAGUCUAUUAAGCAGCGUUUCACUCCCGACCAGCUGCCCCUCUCUGAGCUGUCCAUGCUCCUUGACAAGCGCAUUACUCUCGAUGUCCCAGUUUACACAGUUUGGGGUGCUUGCGAGGAUGUUCGUGUUCUGGAGAAGUUCCGAUCAGGCGAAUACAAGGUUGAUAAGCUGCACAUUAUUGACGAGGCCAAUUCGAGACUGCUGGACAUUGGCGGUGUGAAGCUCCGUUUGCUCGGAUUGGGUGGCGCGGUGGUCAUGCACAAGCUCUUCGAUAACGGCGAGGGCAAGACAACCAUCGCUGGUGGACAAGGCACUAUGUGGACUACACUGCUCCAGAUGGGUGAACUGAUUGAUACCGCCAACCGUGUCUACGACCCAUCCGAGACGCGUAUCUUCGUCACCCAUGCCUCGCCCGCUCGCGAGGGCAUGCUGAACCAGCUUUCUGUUACACUCAAGGCCGACUUUUCAAUUUCUGCCGGUCUUCACUUCCGUUAUGGAUCCUCCUACAACGAGUUUUCAGUCAACCCUUCGUUGGACCACUACCGUGGUAAGCUCGCUGCUUCCAAGGCAUCUUUCAAUGAUGUCUGGGAGACCGUUCGGGGAGAGGUUGAGUCUGCCAUUUCUUCCAACGACGCGCAGAAGACCCUGCUGGAAAAUGCUCUGGAUGUGGUCACCAAGAUGCCCUCCAUUGCUAACGGUGGCAACCCGUUCGGCGGCCCCGUUGCUGCCGGCAAUGCUGCAGGUCAGGUAGAUGAGAGUGCAUUCAAGAACAUGUGGAAUUUCAACCUCGCAGAUGCUGCAUUCGGAUACCUCGUUCUGGAGAUCGAAGGAGGACGCAUUGCGACUGAGAUGCGGGCUCAGGGAUUCAACUUUGCUCACCGCAGUGGCAAGCCUGCUGUCGGAGGCGCUCCCCAGGCUGUUUCUGGUGGUCUGCCUGUUACUACUGCGUCUCCUGCCCCUACCGGUGCUGGACGUCCCGUUGUGACCCCUCAGUUUGGCCAGGUUCCUCCCACUCGUGCUCCUGUCCCCAGCCAGCAGGCCCAGGCCAAGGGCCAGUCUGCUCGCGCAUCUCCCGCCCCCGUCAUUCCCAAGGCCCCGAGCCCUCAGCAACCUGCUGCCGCUUCGGCCCAGCCUGCUGGCGAAGAGAAGACUGCCGCCGACACCAACGGUGCAUCCCAGACUGAUAAAACCGCUGACUCUCCCGUUCCUCGCGGUGAGAAGAAGCCAAGCAACAUUCUUUUCCUUUCCGGUUUCGAGAACGAGCAGGCCGUGCGUGAUGUCCUUUCCGAGGAGGAUGCCGCCAAGGUUGAAAAGAUUGAGAAAUACGGAAAGUUCAACCAUAUUGUGACCUUCCCCACAGUGGAUGAUGCCAAGACUGUGCUCGAUCACCAGUCUGCUGAGAACAAGAAGCCUGCCGCUGCCGGGGCCGCUCGCAAGACUUUCAAGUUCUUCGAGCAACGCGGUGGACGUGGACAGGGCAACGCCGGUACAUGGCAGAGCAGCAGCCGGGGAGGUGCCAACGCCGGCCCCCGCGGUUACACCAGUGCCAGUGAUAGCGAAGGUGCUCGCCGGGGCGGAUUCGGAGGUCGGGGUCGUGGCCGUGGAGGCCGUGGAGGCCGAGGUGGUUUCAAGGGCUCAAACGACUCCGCUGCCCCCUCAACUCCUUCUAGCGACAAGCCCGCCCCCUCUGGCGAUGCUUAA